AAUAAUAUCAUUAUAAUUAUUACCUAGUUGUUACGUGCCUACAGUUUGUAAAAGUUGUACAGGUACUAAUACCUUGGAUUUGGUAUUUUUGAAAUUUACCACAUAUUGUAUAAACUUUAUUUUGAUUACUUUAAAAUGCUUAAUACUGGAAAAUUGGAAGGGCGUACAUUAUUCAUUACUGGAGGAAGUCGCGGUAUUGGCAAGGCAAUUGCUUUGAAAGCAGCCAAGGAUGGCGCUAACAUAGUUAUUGCAGCUAAGACUACUGAACCACAUCCUAAACUCCCCGGAACUAUAUAUACUGCUGCAAGAGAAAUUGAAGAAGCAGGGGGUAAAUGUUUACCUUGUGUUGUGGACGUAAGGAAUGAAAGUCAAAUAAUUGAUGCUGUUAAAAAAGCCGUUGAUGUAUUUGGAGGUAUAGAUAUAGUCAUAAACAAUGCUAGUGCAAUAUCAUUAACCGGAACUUUAGACACCGACAUGAAGAGAUAUGACUUAAUGCAUAACAUCAAUACAAGAGGAACAUUUCUUGUAUCAAAAAUAUGUUUGCCUUAUUUAAAGAAAAGCAAACACGCUCAUAUUUUGAACAUUAGUCCUCCGUUGAAUAUGAAUCCUAAUUGGUUUAAGGACCACGUUGCAUACACAAUGGCCAAGUAUGGAAUGUCAAUGUGUGUAUUAGGAAUGGCUGAAGAAUUUAAGAAAGAUAACAUUGCAGUGAAUGCUUUAUGGCCUAGAACUGUUAUUCAUACGGCAGCUGUUGAGAUGUUGUCAGGUAUAAAUGAAGCAAAAUUAUAUUCGCGGAAACCUGAUAUAAUGGCCGAUGCCGCUUAUUCAAUCGUGACUAAACCAUAUGAACAUUACAGCGGGCAAUUUUUAAUUGACGACGAAGUGCUACGACAAGAAGGAAUAAUAGAUUUUGAUCAGUAUUUAAGUGAUCCAGCAAACAACGGUAAUCUCAUGAUGGAUUUUUUUUUGGAAGAAUAUCCACAUGAUGGAUUCAACCAAGGUAAAGAAGUGGCCAAAAGUCGAUCUCUGCGAAAUGAAACAAAUAAAUGACUCCUGGCUAAUUAAAAACUUAAAUUUUAAUUUAAACAAUUCCAUAAUUAUUUUUAUAAUACCCAUUGUUUCUAUAAAUUAUAGUUAUAUUAUUCAGUGUUUUCACAAAUUACUAUUACAUAGUAUAACACCUAGACACCUAGUAUUAGUAUAAUAUAAUCUUAGGUAAAGAUGAUGGCAAGUUCCUACUAGAGGCGAAGCUUAAAUAUCCAAAAUGAUUCAUGUUUUUUUACAAAUAUUAAAUACUACAUACCGACCAUAUAUAUAUUAUUAUAAUUGUUUUACUUACAUUGCAUAUUCUUUUUAAAUUUACAAAUAUAUCCAUAUUAUACUUAAUAAUGAUACAAGAUAUCCAUUAUAUUUAUUCAAAUCGAUUUUGUGAAUCAUAUUACUGUCAUAAUUUUAUUGUUGUACAUUUACCGAGUAAAUAAAUAUUAUAUUUAAAUUAA